AAAUCUGAUUUUUCCAUUCCCCACGCCUUUGUGUCGUUCAAAUUUAUGCUACCUCCUAUAAAUACCCAUAUUCUUCCUCCAUUCCUUCUGCGAAAUCAAAUCCAGCAAUUUUCAUUUCAAAAUUUUAGGAAUCACUCUCUCUUUCUUUCCGUCUCGGAUCAGAAAUGAUCGAUAUGGGUUGGAAGGCCAACAUGGGCUCUGAAAAGACGACCACUAAAUCCUCAAAGUUGAUUUCAACCACCACGAAGCUUAAUUUGUCUCUUCCAGUUUCGUUUCAUUCUUCAGAGCUCACCACAGCCUCGCCGUCGUCUUGUUCUUCAUACGAGCAGUAUCUCCGCCUCAACGAUCUCAGGAAGCUAUGGAGUUCUAGGGAGUUUCCUGAAUGGAGAAACGAGUCGGUUUUGAAGCCGGGAUUUCAGGCUUUGGAGAUUACUUUUCGGUUCAUUUCGACCGUUUUGUCCGAUCCACGGCCGUACGCGAACCGGCGGGAGUGGAAACGGAAGCUCGAGUCUCUCACUACGAGUCAGAUCCAACUCAUUGCGAUGAUUUGUGAAGACGAUGAAGAGGACGGCGAAGCACGCGGCAGAGUUCCGAUCGUUGAUCUGGGUUCAUCCAACGGCGUGAUUACUCGCGACGGAAGCUCGGCGGAGGUCUGGAAGAUUCGCGGAGAAGCUACUGUUGUGAACAGAACGAGUGAAGCGAGUCUUCUUCCUCGGCUUGCUUCAUGGCAGAGCUCUGAAGACAUCGCGCAGAUGAUUCAGUAUUCUAUCGAGUGCGAGAUGAGGAGGUGUCCGUACACGCUAGGGCUAGGGGAGCCGAAUUUGGCCGGCAAACCGAAUCUCGAUUACGACCUAAUUUGCAGGCCAAACGAGCUUCAUUCUCUGAGAAAUAGUCCGUACGAUCAAAUCGAAAAUUACGAAAAUCAAACGGUUUACACAACGCACCAGAUCCUGGAGUCGUGGAUUUACGCCGCGCAUGAGCUUCUCAAACGAAUCGCAGAUAGAAUCGAGCAAAAGAAUUUCGCGAGAGCCGCGAGCGAUUGCUACUUAAUGGAGCGGAUUUGGAAGCUUCUGCAAGAGAUCGAAGAUCUUCACCUUUUGAUGGAUCCGGACGAUUUUCUGAAGCUGAAAAAUCAAUUAGCGAUCAAAUCGUUGCAGGAAUCGGAGGCGUUUUGCUUUCGAUCGAUGACGCUGGUGGAGGUUACGAAGAAGUGCAAGGAUUUGAAGCACAAGGUGCCAUUGAUCUUGGAUGUAGACGUGGAUCCAAUGGGCGGACCAAGGAUUCAAGAGGCGGCGAUGAAAUUGUACAGUGAGAAGCGAGAAAUCGAGAAGAUUCAUUUACUUCAAUCUCUGCAAGCGAUCGAGUCGGCAAUAAAGAAGUUCUUCUUCGCCUACAAGCAAGUUUUGGUUAUGGUGAUUGGAAGCUUAGAGGCGAAGGGGAACCGAGUCGUGGUGAGUUCGAACUCGGACGAUAAACUGAGUCAGAUAUUUCUGGAAUCCACCUAUUUUCCGAGUCUGGACGCUGCCAAGACGUUCCUCGGGGAUAUACACUGUGUGUUCAGGUCGGAUCGAAUGACCCGAGUGAAGCCGUAGGACCCGGGUUGACUGGAUCAGAAAAAGGUUGACUUUUGUUCUGAAAUUUAUUCAUGCAAAUAUAGGUCUGGACCCCACACGAAAAAUACAGCAAUUUUAAUUAAUUAAUUUUUUUAAAGGAAGUAAUGUAAAAUCUUGUAUGAAUAUUCACUCAUGCUCAUUAAAUUAAAUUCUCAGCCCAUUAAACUAAA